GGCCGCGGAGGCUGGGGACCGGGCUGGCCGCGGCGCCGCAGCCGCCCCCUCCCCCACCCCCCCUCCCGCGGCGGCGGCGGCGGCGGCGGCGGCGGCGGCGGCGCGAGCGGGCGGCGGCUGUGCGGUGCGGUGCAGAGAGGAGGCGGAGGCGGGCGCGCGGGCAGCUCGCGGGCACCCGGCCGGGCCGGCGCGGGAGCGGGAAAGGGUGCGCUAUGCCUUUAACGCCCGCGUACAGUAGACAUGUAUAGUGGAGUGUAGGGAAACUCUAGGCGGGGUUAAAGUUCAGCUCAUGGAGCGGCAAUAGCGCUGGCUGGCUGCAGUUGAGCCGAGUUGGAAAUGUGAACGCAAGAAGCAGGCUUGAUUUUUUUUUUCUCCCCCCUUCUCUCUCCUCUCUCUCUCUCUCUCUUUUCCUCUCUCCCUCUUUCUCCUCUCUCACCCACACUCACGCACACCUCCAAACCGCACACCCAGACGCACACGCACACCCCACCGCCCGGCAGUUAUGUAUUCUCCGCUCUGUCUCACCCAGGAUGAAUUUCAUCCAUUCAUCGAAGCACUUCUGCCUCACGUCCGAGCCUUCGCCUACACAUGGUUCAACCUGCAGGCCCGAAAACGAAAAUACUUCAAAAAACAUGAAAAGCGUAUGUCAAAAGAAGAAGAGAGAGCCGUGAAGGAUGAGUUGCUAAGUGAGAAACCAGAGGUCAAGCAGAAGUGGGCAUCUCGACUUCUGGCCAAGUUAAGGAAAGAUAUCCGACCUGAGUACCGAGAGGAUUUUGUUCUUACAGUGACAGGGAAAAAACCUCCGUGCUGUGUUCUUUCUAAUCCAGACCAGAAAGGCAAGAUGCGCAGAAUUGACUGCCUCCGCCAGGCAGACAAAGUCUGGAGGUUGGACCUUGUUAUGGUGAUCUUGUUCAAAGGUAUUCCGCUGGAAAGUACUGAUGGCGAGCGCCUUGUAAAGUCCCCACAAUGCUCUAAUCCAGGGCUCUGUGUCCAGCCCCAUCACAUAGGGGUUUCUGUGAAGGAACUCGAUUUAUAUUUGGCAUACUUUGUGCAUGCAGCAGAUUCAAGUCAGUCUGAAAGUCCCAGCCAGCCAAGUGACUCUGACAUUAAGGACCAGCCAGAAAACGGACAUUUGGGCUUCCAGGACAGUUUUGUCACAUCAGGUGUUUUCAGUGUGACUGAGCUAGUAAGAGUGUCACAGACACCAAUAGCUGCAGGAACUGGCCCUAAUUUUUCUCUCUCAGAUCUGGAAAGUUCUUCAUAUUACAGCAUGAGUCCAGGAGCAAUGAGGAGGUCUUUACCCAGCACAUCCUCGACAAGCUCCACGAAGCGCCUCAAGUCUGUGGAGGAUGAGAUGGACAGUCCUGGUGAAGAGCCAUUUUACACAGGCCAAGGACGCUCCCCGGGAAGUGGCAGUCAGUCCAGCGGAUGGCAUGAAGUAGAGCCAGGAAUGCCAUCGCCAACCACACUGAAGAAGUCGGAGAAGUCUGGUUUCAGCAGUCCCUCCCCUUCGCAGACCUCCUCCCUGGGAACAGCAUUCACACAACACCACAGACCUGUCAUUACCGGACCCAGAGCAAGUCCGCACGCAACACCAUCGACUCUCCACUUUCCGACAUCACCCAUCAUCCAGCAGCCUGGGCCUUACUUUUCACACCCGGCCAUCCGCUACCACCCUCAGGAGACGCUGAAAGAGUUUGUCCAACUUGUCUGCCCUGAUGCUGGUCAGCAGGCUGGACAGGUGGGGUUCCUCAAUCCCAAUGGGAGCAGCCAAGGCAAGGUGCACAACCCAUUCCUUCCCACCCCAAUGUUGCCACCACCACCACCACCACCGAUGGCCAGGCCUGUGCCUCUGCCAGUGCCAGACACAAAGCCUCCCACUACAUCAACAGAAGGAGGUGCAGCCUCCCCCACCUCACCAACCUACUCGACACCCAGCACCUCCCCCGCAAACCGAUUCGUCAGUGUUGGACCACGGGAUCCAAGCUUUGUAAAUAUCCCUCAACAGACACAGUCCUGGUACCUGGGAUAAAAGUUGCAACGUCCCACCAUCCACCAGACAGACCACCUGACCCCUUCUCAACUCUGUGACAUGGACGCAACCUCAACCCAGCGCGGUUACAACUUCACUGUCAGUGGAAGGGGAAAAACACCGAUUCAAAUCAACUUGUACAUGGAAACAGCAAGCAUUAUGGUCAAACAGCAAAGGCCAUAACUUUUUGGGAUUUUUUUUUUUUUAAAUACUUUAGGGACUGUCGUAAUUUCUCAUAUGGUGCUGGAAAUGGCUGGGCUUUGUAACAUUUGAAGUGUAUCGGUGGUGGCGUGAGCAUUAGGUGUGUGGCUGGCGGAGCACGCCCUCGCUCACUGACUCCCUGUUGUAACACACUUCCCUUAUGAGCCUGGCUGUUUCACAGUAUUUCAUGAAUUUACCCACACAGGUGUGAUCCUCCUUGAGCACUCGGGAGGCACUUGGAGAACUAAAUCUUUUGUAGUAGCUGAGAUCUGCAAUAUAUAACUUACGGGACAGUCAAAGGGCAAUGUUUUUCUGUAACAUAUUGGAAAAAGAAAAUGCAGUUAUGUUCCUUUUUUAUUUUUCUUUUCAUUUGGUUCGGUUCAGCAGUCAGCAGUUAAGUACAUAACAUGGCCUGCAAGGACAAUGAAUCCACUCACGUUGCAGAACAAUUCCGAAAAUGGCAAACUACUACUACUAUUCAGUUUUUUAAAAGUUUUGAAAUGCUGCACUUACAUUUAAAAAAAAAACAACAUUUUUCAACAAUUUCAACAAUGACACAAAAAUUCACAUGGAAAUGGGGAAGAUGGUCUGUUUUGACAGAAACUGACAGGAAUCAAUCAAAACAAUCGAAUUUUGAAUUGAGUAAAGUGCAAUUUCAUUGGAUAGCUAAAUAUCUUUGUAAGAUAGAGAUUGUUGAAAAUUCUAUUUUUGUUUUUCAAGUCCUUCCACCCCAGGACUCUAAAUUAUUGGGGUAAAAAACAGCCUUGCAAGAAAAAGGGGAGCUAUUUUUGCUUUUUAUGUUUUUUAUUGUUAAACUUGUAUCCCUUUAAAAACUGAAGGAAAAUUUAAAAAAAAACAAAAAAACAAAUCUAAUGGUGCUUUUACCACAAUAUGUUAACUACAUUAAAUGCUAAUUAAUUACUUUCUGUUAUCAAAGCACAUAACUAAAAUGAAAUCAUGGUAUCUGUUAAUUUUAUAAGCUAGAAGUCAUAUAAUGAAUUAUGCCAAUUCCGAAAAUUUUUACACGUAUCUGGCAACAUAGGAUUUCUCAGUUAUCAGACACCUCAUUGUACCAGAGAUUGUCCAGAAGUUUUAAGACCUUUGCAUCCAUGAACUGGGCGAUGAGAAAAUAAUAAUAAUUAUGAAACCAAUACUGACACAAAUGCUGGUGCCCAUUCAGAUCAAGGGUACUUGUUAGGGAAAAAAAAAGUUUGCACCCCCAAAUGUCCUGUAUCUUACGUAAAAAAAAAAAAAAAAAAAAAAAACCACAAAAAACAGAAAUGAAAACAAAAAAAGUGCAAGUGAUUUUUCUACCAGACAGCGAAGCACCCCUUUGCUUCCCAUGCAAGUUCAAGAAGGUUCCCUAUACUAUACAUAUAUAUACACGUUCUGGUUGGCAGGCCCUGCUGGCCAGAGGAAGUCACUGCAUGUUCUAGUGUUAGUAACUAAUUUUAUAUAGUUAAUGUAGGAUAAAGUAGAGUGUAUUAAGACACAAUAUGGUAACCCUCCUCUAGGCACUUGCCUUUAAACUAUGUUUUCAGCCCUUCAGAAGGGCUCUACUGCUGUCCUGUACAAUCAAGUAACUGAAAUUCUUGGGAAGACACUUUGCUCCUCAUCUUUCCCCCCCAAACAAUGUUGUUUUGUUUUGUUUUUUUUCCUUAAUUUGCACGAAAACAAAAAUUCCAUAUCAAUGUGCCUUGCCCUGGAUAGCGAUUAUUUGUGGAAUUGUUGCACAUGCUCCUCUAUUGAAAGGGGUUUUUCCCUCGUCAAGCAUUUGGAGACACUUUUUGUAAAUGUGACUUUUAUGUCAGCCAUCGUCAGUUUCAACAUCUAGAACUAAAUAGAAAGUUAGUUGUUCCGCAGAUAGGAGUAGUCUUUAUUGUCCUGUAUGGUCAGUGGCAGUGCUAUUCUGAGAUCUGUAGAUACAUAGAAUAUCAGUAUUUUGGAUGUUGCUGCAUUUUUCAAUUUAUUUGGAGUCUUCCUUUAUUUUUCCCCCAGAUAUAUGAAAAUAUGCAAUACCUGCUUAUAUCAUGUAGAGAAGCUUAGCAAUUAUUAAUUUUUCUUUUCUUUUUUUUUUUUUAUUUGACCAAAGUCGGUGCUGCACUUGACGCAGUGUGUUUUAGGUGUUUGUCUUUGUACUUUUUGUGAUUUUUGAAUGCACGUGCGCAGGAAGGGCUCCUCUUAGAGAAGCAGUCAAACUGUGAAGCACUAAGCUGACCCUGCUUCAAGCAAUUUUGUUUUUACAACUGUUCCUUUCACAAGCAAGCCUUAAAAAAAAAAAAAAGACAACUUCUUUUUCUUCAGCUCCCACACCCCAUUUUUCUUAGCAGACUGCAGUCAAUCCACAUUCAAUAAAAAGUAUAUAAUGCCCAUUUUUAUAUGCACGUUUUUAAACUUCCAAGUUCUGAAAAUUGUUUACUGGUUAUCUCUAUUUAAGGAAAAAAAAAUAAAAUAAAACAUUUUGGAUUUUCA